AUGUCGUUUCAAGAAGGUGUGAAAAAAUAGUUUGGAUUUAAGUAAGUGCAUGGGAGUUAUCAUCAAAAUUAGCGGACGAAAAACAAGAAGAAAAUAUAGUAUAUAUAUAUAUAUAUAUAUAUAGAGUAAUACUAUUUAUAUUAUGUACUUGUAUUAUAUAUUUAUGCAAUAUUAUAUCAUGUAUUGUUUCUUAGAAUUAUAACAAAAUACAUUAAUCAAGUAUAGAAAUACGUAUGGCAAAAUAAUUUUUUUCUAUCUAAAUUACUUUUACCACCUUUUUGAAAUUAUGCAGAUAAUUUACGAAUUCGCAUCACAAGUGACAAAUUCAAGUUCACAUUCAAAUUAAUCUGUAUUGCAAUUAUAAACGACCUAAUAUUAUCUAUAUUAUAGGUAAUUCACAGAUCCACGUUGAAAUCAUAUUAUGGAUACUUAUGUAAUAUAUAAUUCACUUGCAGUCUGUUUUAAUUAAUUAUUAAAUAAUUGUCUAGCUAGAAUGGGCUAAGUGUCUUUAAUUUUCUCCAAAAUGCUGAAUGUUCUCCAGAAAAUUUUCAGAAUGGUAAUAUCUAAAUACACUCAAACUUGUGUAAAAGAAAAAAAUCGCAGAAAUAUUCCAGUCAAUUGCCUCAAAACGUCGAAUCACGUUCGCGCCAUAAAUUAUGGUCUCAAUUUAAAAAAAAGGAAAUUAUCUUAUCAUACGUAUUUCUAUACUUGAUCAAUAUAUUUUCAUAAUAUUGUGCAUCGCAAUUCGAAUUAGAAUAAUUGAAAAUUAUAAAAAAAGAUACAAUGUUUCGACAUUUUCCUUUCAAUAUGGUGCUGCAAUUAUAAUAACAAAUAUUUGUCCAAGAAAUUUGGAAUGAAAAUCAUAAGGCACGGAGUUAACAAUAAAAUUUCAAUGUUUUUAUCUUAAACGAACGCGUACUUUCCCUUCUUUAAUGUGAUCGGUGAAACCAAACUUUGAGAAAUAUUUUAUACAGACGCAUCAAUCUAAUUUCCUCGUGAAAUAAAUGAAAAAAGGUAAAGUGAUUACGCUCGAAUUUCGUUUCUUACAUAGAUAUAACAUAGUAAAUAAUAAAUUAUGGAGAGGGUAAACAGUAGCUGUUACACUUAAUCGACAAUGCGAUCUAAUUAUCCUGUGACUGACAACACGAAAUCUCUUCAUGCUUUAUCGAUUGAACAUCAUUAUUAGCAAUGAUCUUGUCACUAAUACAAACGUAGUAAAUAUCUAAAAGACAGUUUGUUAUAAAUGGAUUUAAAGUAUAAAUGAAACGUGCAUCGAUCAUAUGUUUAAUUGAUGUAUAUAACCAUUUUUCACAGACGAACACUUCUGCUAUUACUCGAAAUCCAACUGUUCAUCAUUAAUUAAGUUUAUCAUUAAUUAAUUACUAUUUAUCAUUAAUAAGUUUUAUGUUUCACGAAGAAGCAUGUAACUUGUGUAUUUGAACAAACGGAGGACAAAAUUAAAAAAAAAUAUUAUAUUCCUUCCAAUGGAGAUAGAAUGCUAAGCACGACAUGAUUUAAACUUUAAUAAAAGUUCGAUAUUUUAAACCUGAAUAGAAGAUUGGUUCUAAAUACAAAAAUAAGUCGAAAAGAAAAAAAAACGUUUUUAAAACUUUAUUUUUGAAGAAAAAAACGAGCAUGUUUUCUCUUCAAGUGUACUUUUUUGUUUAAUUAAGAUUACAACUAAUUCGAUUAAUUUCGAGAACGAGUGAAAAAUGUAGAAUGCAAUCUUUUAGUUCAAGGCUUCCAAGGAAAUAGCUUCGAUGUAUGUUUCGUUCUAAUAAAUUUUAAAGCUUAAUUUUCUCGGAAACGAAACGUCCUGUGAAGAAAUAUUAAUCUACGCCUUUACAUGUUCUCGCAGGUAGAAUAAUCUCGUCGGAAAUUAAUUAAAUUUCCGUGCGAUUGAUAAAUUUUCAAUCUAACGUGUGUAAUUUAAUGAUUGAAAAUAAAUGAGCAUAAGGUUGAAGUUAAGCGCAAAGCACUUAAUUUCACUGCAGAUAUUAAAUUCCGCGAUUAAAUGAAACUGUUCUCAGGAUUUUACGGCAUUGAAUAAUAAUUAUACGGUAUUAAAUAAAUAUUUGAUUGUUGCUAAAUUAUUUAGUGAGAUUAAUCCCAGUUAAAUAUUGACAACGGUGUUCGUCCUCUCGUUGAAUAUUCAUACUAUUGUCCUUUUCCAAUUAUAAAGUGUCGUUUUUCAAUUAUAACAAUGUAUUCAUACGUCAUCGUGCAUUCUUCAAUGCACUCCUGCUCCAAAAGAUUUUUAGAUGACUCUUUACAGUUAUUCAAAGACUGAAAAAAUUGUUAAAAAGUACAAAAGAAUAUUGUGUGAUUUGUGUAUAUUUUAUAAAUAUGUGAUAAAUAAAUUGUGGAUUUUUAUACGAAUUGUAUUAAAAAAUUUGCUAAAAAUUUAUUUCAUCCACUGAAUGUUCUAGUAAAUAUUUCAUAUAUUUUCUAUAAUUUUACAUGUUAUGUAUAUAUUUUAUUUUCGUAUAUAUUAAAUUUCUUAUAAAUGUACAAAAACUUGCAUCCUAAUAACGAACAAAAUAUCUAAUGUAUAAAGCGUUAAUAUAUUACAAGUCUAUAUUACAAAAUGUACACACAUAUAUAUAUAUAUAUAUAAUUCACAUGAUCAGUGAGAUUCACAGUUCGAUGAAAUUUUACUGAAAAAAUAAAACACGUCUUCAAAUACAUGAUAGAGUUAAAGAACACUUUAUUAUAUCAACAUCUUUACUUUAAUUGUGUAACUGUUAUUAAAAAAUGCUACUGCACACAUUACCUUUGUACAUAGUGAAUUAUUUAUGGAAACAUAUUUUGCCAAUAUGCCACUCGUCCUCAUAAAAAUGUCGCCAAAAAAAAAAAACUAGAUUUACUUUUUUUCGACCAACUGCAGAAAGUAAACUCUAGAUUAUUUAUUCAAAAUAGGCAAGAACUCGUGAGGACGUGAUCUCUCCCUCUUUAAUUAAGUUAAUCUUUAAGUAACACGUCCGAAAAUUGGGAAGCGAAUUCAUCCAAUCGAUGACGAAUUGUAUUAGCCGAAAUGAGCCCAACAACAAUCUAUUUAAUUGCACACUGAAAAAAAAAAAAUAUAUAUAUAUACACAUAUAUGUUAACUGAAAGUCAUUAUCAUUAUUAUUGUUUUUUUUUCUUUUCUUCUUUUUUUGCAGAAAGCACGAGUUCGCAUUGCGUGGGAUGCGGCGGUCGAAUCCACGACCAAUGGAUCUUGCGAGUUGCACCGAAUCUGGAAUGGCAUGCCGCCUGUUUGAAAUGCGCCGAGUGUCAACAAUUCCUGGACGAGCAUUGCACCUGUUUCGUACGAGAUGGAAAAACUUAUUGCAAGCGCGAUUAUGUCAGAGUAUUUUUAUCUAACGUACACAGCGAAGAGAAAAGCUGCGGUCUGCAUGCGGACAAAUCUGCAUCCGCAAUAAAAAGAGACGAAGAGAGAGAGAAAGUGUGGUUCACACGUGGUUGCGUCGAACUCACUACGGAAUUGAACACGGUAUUUCGUUUUCGCGAGGAAGCCCUCGAUUCGAAGUUACGCUAACGCAAGCAGCAAAAAUAAACAAGCAAAUUUUCGCUCGCUUCGACGCAAAAGUGAAGGAUAAAUAAAUGUAUCUUUAUUCGAGUCGUGUUGCGUGUCGAUGCGAUUCCUUUCUUAUACCUGUUUACGGGCGACUUUGCAAUUUUUACGAAACUAUUCACGUAGGAACGUUUUAUGAAUAUAUCGCGCAUGUUACGCUCGGAAAUUGAAUAUCAACUAUAUACUAAUUAAGAUUGAAACAAAUCUAUAAAUGUACACAGAGGUUACGAUAUUUAUUAGAUGUAUAAAUUAGAUGUGUUUUGGAAUUUUUUAAUUCUUAUUCACGAGACGAAAAGAAAUAUUCACAUGGAUGCUUGUGAUCGGUCAGAAUUGAAACAAACCUACAAAUGUAUGCAGAAGUUACAAAUAAUUAUAUAAUCAAUAUUUCUUUCGAUUUCACGAAUAAUACCCAAUAGCUUUAAUCUGUAGUUGCUUAUGAAAGUAUUUGGAUAUUUAGAUAUAUUAGGUGUCAUAUAAAAUCUUUCGAAAUUUCAUUAACGUCAUAGAUAGAAAUGACUGUGGCUAUAGAUACUGGUUGA